AACGAUUUUAGUUUGUCGCGAGCUUUCAAGGUGAUUACAUAGGUUAAAAAUUGUUUGCGUUUUUGGUUUUUUUUUUGUUGUGCUGCUGAUGUUGUUGUUGUUCCAGACUUUAGAAUGGAUGGACUACAAGAUCAGAAAUUUAAUAUACGUUUAGUAAGAACUGUAAAAAAAUAUCCGAUUUUGUACAACAGUGACCUCAAAGACUACACAAGAAGGGAUUGUAGAGAAAGGGCUUGGAUAGAUGUAGCAGAGGAAUUGAAUUCUGAUCCAAAGCCACUGCAGAAAAAAUGGCAGAAUUUUCGAACUAUUUUCGUGAGAAAACUGAAACAAAUACAGAUGGGAGAAUCAGUACAACAAUACUAUUUAUACGACGAUUUAAAGUUUAUAACUCCAUAUUUAAAAAAAUCAUAUGAUCCCGAGGGAAUAGAAAGUACUGUAAAAAAACGUAAGCACAAAGGAUAUGAGGAGGAUGACAAACAUUAUGAUACGGACACGGAUCAAAGUGCAGAAGAGAACGCAAUGAUUAAUGAAAAUGAUGAUAAUGACGAUCUGAUAUACCUAGAGGAAGAGGACCCAGUUGAAGUGAGUUCACCAAAAAAAAUUAAAAUAUCAAAUAGCUCAGAAGAUGAAGCUGAAGUUUGCGAUAUUGAAGAUUUUACAAAUCGUGAAACCGAAAUGAGGCUAAAUAAUUCGGUUAGCAAUAAAUUUAUUACGCCAACUUCUUCCGAUGGACCAAAACAUAGCUAUUUAGAAAACAAUGAUAAUGCAAAAAGACAAUUUGUGCUUAGCUUAUUGCCAGACCUCAGCGAAAUGACUAACUCACAAAUGCGCAAAUUUAAAUGCAAAGUUCUACUGCUAGUGGAGAAAAUUUUGGAAGGGAACGGAACUUGAAUAUAUUAUAAUUGAAUUUAAUUUUUAAUUUAAAUA